AUGGCUGCGACGCAAGCCGAGAGCCAACAAAACGAUGUGAAGCUGAACGAGUCCGUGAAAUGCGCACAGAAGCGUACGCAAGUCGGUGGGAAUAGUGCGAGUGCUAGUGCGAAGCAGCAGCUGGAUUCCGAGCCGGACGAUAAAGUGUCCCGGGGCGCGGCCCAGCUGCUUAAAUAUGUGAAUCGCGGCGGGGACACGACGGGCUACGAGAUGAGUCAAUACCGCGAGGACAUUGGCGGACACCCUGCCGCCGCCGGUGAGGUAAAAUCGCCGCGCGAGGCCGGCCAGGCGCCCCAGGAGCCCGUCGGCAAGCAAGAGGCGCACGACGCGCCCGGCCACCCCGGCCACCCGGGCCAUCCGUUCGCGCCAAACGUGAUACGCGACUAUUCGGACGAGUAUAGCAACAACAAAUCCGGCGAGUUCGCCGCGAGCAAGUCGCUUGGCGACUAUCCGGCCAGCAAGCAGCUACCGGAAUACGUCGCCAAGCACGCGGACUUUCCCGGCAAGCAGCUCGACUAUCAUGGUAAACACUUGAUGCACGAGAGCGAGCGGAUCCACCGGGCCGAGAUGGAGGAGCACUACUCCGCCUCCAAGAUCGAGUCACGGUUGGCGUACGUCGGCGCCAACCCUGGCAACUUUUCCGGUCAGCCUAGGUUUAUUUCCGGACAGGGUAUAUCCCAGGCGACUGGCCCUACACCUACGUUGAACCAGUUACUACAGGCGUCUACCCCGGUACAUCGGUUUCACGGCAAUUAUCCCGCGAUGGGACCCGAGUAUCAACAGCCGUGGCCUAUGCAAAGGCCACCGGUUGUGCCUCCAGUUUAUCCACAACCCAGCCAGCGUCCUCCGCAGACGGGUUCACCGAGAUUACAUACAGGGCCAGGAGGACAGAGUUCUCCAACACCCAUGCAAUAUCAACAGUACACCCAACGAUAUCCUUCUCCUACGAGACCUCAUGCACCUUACAGUCAUCAUCAGCUAAACUCUUAUACAACGCAAACCAGUCAUCCCUCAAGCUUAUAUACGGAACAAAGGGGGUGGAAUCAAGGUGGACCACCAAAUCCACCUCCACCACCAAGUAAUCAGGUCACUCCAUCGGGUCAGUCACCACAGCGUGCUUUGUCUCAGUCACCAGCUCCACCACCUGCUGCGUCACCGCAACCACAGGCUACCAGCCAAUCCCAGGCUUUUCACAAUCUGCAACAGCGAGCUACGACACCAAAUACUCAAGGAAUUGACUCUGGGGAAUUAUCAGGACAAAACAGUAACGACAGUUCGAAUGGACCAGCUUGCCCAGGGACACCAAAUUCUCAGGGGAUGAGACCUACCCCGUCACCUACAGGAUCCACAGGUUCUCGCUCGAUGUCCCCUGCUGUUGGUCGGUCUUUUUUACGCCAACAAAACGUUCAGAUGCCUCCACGUCCGUCGAGUAGCCAGUCGGAUGGUAGUGGACCAGCACCGCGCAUGAGUCAUUCUCCUAUGACCACUCAAGGAGCAUACCAACAGCCAUUGGGUCCUUCACCACACAUGCAUAGCUACAAAAUGAAUAGCACUGGUCCUGGGGUAGUGCAACCGGGACCCGGCUCGACGGCUCUCGGCGGGAUCAGUCCAAUGGGUGGUGGGAUGGGCUAUGCGACUGGUGGCACAGCUGCGGGUCAGCCUGGAGGUUAUCAUGCACAAUCUACGUAUCCACCUCCGCGUCCUCAUAUGCAAUUUCCACAGGGAUAUCCAACGCCUGCAAAUUCGCAACCACCACCCAACAAUCAGUAUCAACCUCCCAACAGACCCAACAACUUGGUACAAUAUCCACCAUACACGCAUAAAAUGGGCUUUAAUAGCGUACCACCGGGAAUGCCACCGAGUCCAGGACCGCCGCAGGUUUAUGGUGCUGGUGGUACGACGUCGAUGGUACCGCCAGGUGCCCCAGGAGUUCCCGUUAUUGGUAACAUGGGACCGCCAGCAAGCUCCAUGGGUCCACCACCGCCGUCUCCUAAUCACAUAAGUAAUCAACCACCACCACCUACCAGCUCGGCAGUACCACACUUACACACGCCGGCGGCCACACCGCCUCUCAAUCACGAGGGUAGUCCAAUGCCACCACCGAGUACUACACCAAACUCGCAUCCUGCAUCGGCACCGACACCCACCAGCCACAAUUCCGCAGAUCUCACGGCUGAAACUUCCAAUGACAGCGGUAUAACUACGACCGCUUCAGGUACGUCAGCUAUAAAUGUUAUAUCUACUUCGAGUGGUACUGUGACGUCUGUAAUAACAACAGGUCCAGACGGCACAUCUCUGGAUGAAGGUUCACAGCAAUCAACAUUGUCUAACGCAUCAGCUGCCUCUGGCGAAGAUCCAGCAUUUACGCCAAAAGUGCGGAAGGAGAUGAUAGGAGGAUAUCACAGCCACCCCGCGACACCACAAAGCACAGUCCCAUCUCCUGGUGCUGCUAGCAUUAAUUCUAUUCACGAAGAAUAUUCUGACAUGAACAGUCCUGGUUGGCCACGUACUCCUGCUAGUCCGGUGUUUAACAGUCAUGUGCCUCAAGACCCGUACAGAUCUAAGAAGACAGAUAGUUUGGCAAAAUUAUACGAAAUGGAUGACUCGAUAGAACGAAGAACCUGGCUGGACAAGCUGGUCAAUUUUAUGGAAGAACGAAGAUCGCCAAUCACCAGUUGUCCUACCAUCUCCAAGAACCCCCUCGAUCUAUUUCGGCUUUAUCUCUACGUGAAGGAGAGGGGGGGCUUCAUGGAGGUAUGCAAGGUGACGAAAAACAAAACGUGGAAGGAUAUAGCCGGCCUUUUGGGCAUCGGUGCCAGCAGUAGCGCUGCAUACACAUUGCGCAAGCAUUAUACGAAGCACUUGCUAGCAUAUGAGUGCCACUUUGACCGCGGAGGCGUGGAUCCACAACCCAUUAUCAACCAGGUCGAGGCGGGCUCGAAGAAGAAAGGAUCUAAGGGAACUGCUUCCGUACCAUCGCCGGGUUCUUCCAAUUCUCAAGACUCCUUUCCCGCUGCCGGAUCGAGCAAUGCUUCUAUGGAUGGCUAUGGAAGCUAUCAGGGUAAUUAUCCGAGUGGUACACCCGGUGGCCCGUCGUCUGAAUACACGCCACCACCAGCUAGGCCACCCAGUCAAAGCAGUGCACCCUCUGCCCAUCAGGGGAUACAACAAGGCAGUUACCAGAACACUGGUUCCUAUCAGAAUUAUUCACAAGAGCAGUAUAUUCGGCCACAAGGAAACGCGCUCUCUCAGCAAGGGGAGUUUAGUCAACCGUACUCGCCUAGAUCGCAUUAUCCUCCAUACGUACCGGAUGUUGACAGGGGAUAUCCGGGUGGUAAUAUGCCGCCAAACAACGCUACCGGACAAGACAUGUACAAUAGAUAUGCCGGCGGUCAGCAAGGUCCCGCUAGCUAUCCCACGGGAACUCCUCCUAAUGCGAGGAGCAACAGUUAUCCGUCGGGACCGCAGGCUCAUCCGCCGUCUGUUGUGCAACAGCAAACGGCGACCAGCCAGCCUUCCUCGCCUUCGCAACCUCCAGCUGCGUCGUCGUACUCGUGUCCGCAAGAUUAUUAUCGACAGGAACAAAGUGGUUACGGAGCACCUGGUGGAACUCAAAUGUAUUCCGGGACUGCGGCAGCUAACAAGAAUAUGCCACCGCCUCCUCCGGGACCUACUCAACCUAGACGUCAUCCAGACUUUGCCAAAGACCAACAGUAUCCCCAAUAUAAUCAGCAACGACCAGCGUAUCCAGGAUGGCCAAAUACAACUAAUCAGUACAAUAGUAAUAGUGGAAACAACAGAGUUCAGUACCCAAGCCAACAGACUCAAUCACCGUCUCAGCAGCAGCAACCACCACCAUCACAACAAGGAUCCCAAGUCGGAGCUGUCGCUCCGACUCCUUCGGCAGUCAGCGCUAUGGCUAGUAAUCAACAAUGGGCCAGCCAGCAAUCGAAUAGGUCCUCUUCUCAACCGUCUUUGAACGCCAUAGCACACCCGCCUCCACCGUGGGAUCAUCGCUACACGAAUCAACCGUCCUCUUUGUAUCCAACACCCGGGAAUCAUCAGACUCAACUCGGAGUGAAUCCUAUGAUCAGCCAGCAACCGACGUCAAAGAGAGAAAUGACAUUCCCUCCUGACAGCGUAGAAGCAGUCACGCCUCUUUUGUACAAGCGGCGAAAACUGACGCGCUCUGACGUAGCACCAGUAGAAGCUUGGCGCAUCAUGAUGGCUUUGAGAUCGGGUCUGCUCGCCGAGAGCUGCUGGGCCCUCGAUGUAUUAAACAUUUUGUUAUUUGAUGACACUUCUGUAAGUUAUUUUGGAUUAACGCAUCUACCUGGACUACUGGAUGUUCUACUGGAACAUUUCUCGCGUUCUCUCUCCGACAUGUUCGAAUCAUGUGUAAACGACGACGAUCGCUAUUGCCAGGCCGCAGAUGGUCCGGAGGUAGACCUUGGCGCAGUAACGCGCCCUAUCGAUCCGGAGGAUCGGACAAAAUUGCUAUCGACAUCGAAUUACACGUAUCUCUCGAGGAGAGGUCGCCCCGUCAAGAUCGUUUCUCGUGAUGAUGAUCUGUUCGUUUUGGAUACCCGGAGGCCUUGGGAUCAUCAGGAGUGCGAGUCGGAAACCGAGCCGUGGCAAGUCGACACGAACGCGACCAAAUAUAUCGUCACGUGUUUUCAAUCUGAAGUGGGCUCGGUGCCUUUUGCCCGUUUACUGAGGGAUGAAAAACCGCCGCUAUUGCAAAAAGAGGUCGAUAGUACGGAUUUGAAGGACGAAGCCAAAGCGGAUAGUAUCGGUAGUAUUCAUGAGACGCUGGACUUCAGCCACAAAUCCGGCGAGCACGGCGAUAAACAGUCUAGCAAAGACAGCGGUGAACGCAAACAGCAGCAACAGCUAGAUAAAAAGAAAAAGACGAAGACUCUGAGUGACGUACUAUCAAGGAUCAAGAAAGAGCCCGUAGAGAUGAACGAUCUCACGAGAGAGUUGUUCGAAAAGAAGAACGAUGGCUUCAAGAAGGAUUGCGACAGCGAGAUGACGAAGGCAAACAACAAUAUGGGCGAGCACUUUGGCAGUGACGUGUCGAAGAACGACGAAGACUCACUACCAACGCAGAACGGGCUGAACGACACAACGGCGACAGCGCCGGGCAAUAUUGAUAACACCGUAGACAAAGCCGAAGUCAAGGUGGAAACGAUGGAAGAAAAUGAGCUAGGGACGACGAGAGAUGACAAGGAGGGACCAAGAUUAAAGAUAAGAGAUCCGGCAGGAACACUAAAGCGACGGAGGAUAAGUGACUACGAAGACGAGAGCUACUCCAGGGACGAGGCAAGUCUCUACCUGGUGACGGAGACGCAGGACAACCUAGCCCGUCGUUGUGUGUGCCUGUCGACGAUCCUGAGGAAUCUCACUUUCAUCCCGGGCAAUGAGGCGGAAUUCGCGAAGAACGUUACGUUCCUCAGUCUACUCGGCAAGCUAUUACUGCUGCAUCACGAGCAUCCGGUACGGGCGCAAAAGACACGCAAUUACGAUCGCGAAGAGGACGCGGACUUCGCCGACUCGUGUAGUAGUUUGCAGGGUGAGGGCGAAUGGUGGUGGGAUUUCCUCCAUCACGUGAGGGAGAACGUUCUCGUGAUGGCCGCUAAUAUAUCUGGCCACAUGGAUCUGAGCCAGCAUCCAGAAGAGAUCUCGCGGCCGGUACUCGAUGGCCUCUUGCAUUGGGCCGUAUGCCCGGCCGCGCACGGUCAGGAUCCCUUCCCGACGGUUGGGCCGAAUUCCUCGUUGUCGCCACAAAGACUCGCGCUCGAAGCGUUGUGCAAAUUAUGCGUGACCGAGUGCAAUGUCGAUUUGGUAGUAGCGACGCCGCCGUACUCGAGAUUACAGAGACUAUGCUCGGUGCUGACCAGGCUCCUCUGCCGCAGCGAGGAGCAGGUGCUGCGCGAGUUCGGCGUAAAUCUACUACACUUCCUAUCGGCCGCGGACAGCGGCGUCGCACGCACCAUCGCCCUGCAGACGCCGUGCGUCGCUCUACUUGUCGCAUUCAUCGAGCAGGCAGAGUCGAGCGCACUCGGCGUCGCUAAUCAACAUGGUCUCGCGGCUCUGCGCGACAAUCCCGAAUCGAUGGGCACUAGCCUCGACAUGCUGCGACGUGCGGCCGGCACGUUGCUCAACCUCGCUAGGCAUCCGGAUAACCGAACUCUCCUUCUGCAACACGAAUCCCGCCUACUCGCUCUGGUGAUGAGUCAGAUCCUGGAUCAGCAGGUCGCCGCGAUAGUCGCGCGUGUGUUGUUCCAGUGUUCGAGGGGCACGUAACUCUCUGUCGUUCGUCGGGACACUACUACGCGAUUCGCGCAAAUAUGUUAUUAUUACGGUGCCGACGAUGACGACGACAAUGACGAUGAUGAUGAGGAGAAGGAGGAUGAGAAGGAAUAGGACGCACGCAACGCGGCGACGAUGUUGUAAUGAUACGACGUUGUGUACGGACGACUAUAGUGCGUUUAAGAGCGGACGUGUGGAAAUGCGGAGGAAACGGCGAAGGAAACGGAUAUAUUUGACAGAAAGAGACGAGGGAAUGACAGACAGAGGCGAGAGAGACACGCGCGCGACGUGAUAGAGUGCACGAGUGAAGGAACAAAAGUGCUGAUGAAAAGCCAUGGCAGCGCAGUUGUAGUUUUAUAUCGAUUAAACAGGAAGUAAGAAAGUUUAAUUAUUGGUGUUAGCGUGUAGGUAUACCCGAUGCGAUCUCCGCCCGUCGGUAUACCUUCCCCUUCGAUGAAUUGGAAUAAUAUCGAUAGUGUAAGAUAUUUCAUAGUUAAUGAAAGAAAAAAAGAUACAUACACACAUAGGAAUUACGCAAAUCUACAGGCACACACAGUCCCAUACUCACACAUAGUGUACACAUGACAAACAGCUCACACACCACUCACGUACACAUAUACAUACAUCAUAUAUCAUACAUACAUACAUACGUACAUACACAUUCAUAUACACGCGCACACUUAACAUGGCAUACACAUUGCGUGGACGCGCAUAGAUGCUGGCACAUGAAUACACAUAUGCAUACGCAGUAAAAAAAAAAAGAAAACGGACUUUCAAGAGACAACGGUCAGCUGCAUAAUAAUAUAUAUACCAAGAAUCAUGUCGGCGAACCUUAACGGUGCGAUAUGGAAUGAUAUAUCGGAUGAUGAUUAUAUAUAAAUAUUAAACGAUAAUAUAAUGCAAAUUUUUAUAUUUGCAUGUUUUGUGCUGUAAUUAGCGAGUAAUUAAGAUAUUUUGUAGAUAACACACUUCCAUUUGAAUCUUAUUCGAUUUUUGUGCUGCGGCUACGGUGGCGCAAAUAUACGUUUGCGGCUGUAAGGCCGCAAAAAAAGUCUCGAUUUUAGAAGCACAGGCAGAAACUAGAACUGAAGAAAGACAUUGCUAGAAGAGAAAAAAAAAAUAAUAUACGUGUGAUAAAGCUGCUGAUUGAGAGGGAAGAGUAGAAAGAAAGAAAGAAAGAAAGAGAGCAUGAAAGCGAAGACGGAGAGAGAAGGAGCGAGGAAGCGUGCAUGCGUGCGUACAUGUUAUGUAUUUCUGUAUGUAUUGCGUGCAUGCAUGUAUGUAUCUAUAUAUGUAUGUAUGUAUAUGUUUGUGACUUAGGAAGAGAAAAAGAAAGAUAGAGAGGCAGAGGACCGCCAAGACGGAGGACGAGAGAGAAAGAGAAAAUGUUCGAGAUAAAAUGCAGAGGACAGAGAUGCUGCAGACCCUUCUCUAUUCUAGAAUCGUCCGAACCCAGCUAUUCCGCCUAUUUUCUUUAUCAGUACCUACUCUAAGGCUGCGGGCCAGACUUGACACUACAAAUGCUUUGAAACGUAGGCUUCGUCGUUCUGACUGAUCAAUCAGACGCUUCGAAACAUUUGUUCUCUAGCUGUGAAGUGAACCAUAGCCUUAUUCCAAGGAUCUGCGUAUUCGUUUUAUUCGCCUUUUUCUAAUUUAGGUACAGAGUAAAUCGACAAAGUUAUACAUAUGUGAGACGGAGAGGGACAGAAGGUGAAAGAGAGAGAUGGAAAGAGGAAUUCAGUGUUUACGGGAAGACAGCUGUUCCAAAAGAGAAAGAGAGGACUCGAGAGUAGAGUGGGUGUCUAAGGCACGUGUCCGUUUAUACGUGCGCGCAAGAGUUGCGUAUGUUUUGUGUGACACGUGCGUAUGUAAUAUGUUUUCGCGCGAAUGCGAUACGCGGAUAGGGCGCAUCGACAAAGGGGCGUAUAUGUGCGCGUAUUAAUAUAAAAGAUUUUAGGAAGGAGAAAAAUGCGUGUGUGCAUGCAUGGUGCAUGUAUGAGAGUAUGUAUACACGGAGAAUGGGGGUGCCGGUAGAAAAAGGGGUGGGGACAGUGUCUGUGAAAAGAGAAAGAAAACACAAAUAUAGCGAAGCUAAAUAACCGAUUAGAUAGUCAUUUAAAUCGUCAUUAAUUUUGCAGUGAUUAUUUGAAAUCCUAGGAAAUCUGACAGUGUUGUUAAACAAUUUUCUUUCCUUUUCUUUUUCAAGUCCUUCCUGGUUUCCUUUCGAAAAAAGAUUUGAAAGUAGCGAAUCUAAUUGCAAUCUUUUUGAAAUAAACGUAUUUAUAAACGUAAUUAAAUGCCGUUGUGAUAACAAAAAGAAGAAAAAUAUAAAGAAAAAAGAAUGGAGAGACAGAGAAUGAAAAACCAAUAUUGUGUAGAAGCAGAUGGAACUGAUAUUCUGGGCGAUAAUGUAGAAACAAAUAUAUUAAAAAGAUAAAACAAGAGAAUUUUUAAAUUUAAGCUCGAUCGUGCCAUUAAACGAUUCUAAUGGGAAUAUAUUUAUAACCAAGAUUUUAUGCUUUUUCAAAACGCGCAUAUACGUUAUUGUAAAACUAACAAAUACUGAUUGUCAGCUUGCACAUAUUUUGACGAUUCUUACGGUACAUACAUUUACCUAAUUGUAAAAUCCCACUCUCACGAACAUUCACGCAACAGGAAAAGGAAAAAAAAAGAGACGCAUUCGAACUCGUCGUCGCACACUGGUAUACUUCCUCGUUUCGUAAAGAGAGAGAGAGAGAGAAAGAAAGAAAGAGAGAAUGAAUUCAAGAGGGAUGGAAUGAUGAUUUAGUUUUCACAUACGACGUGUAGCCGUUUAAAACGACUCGAAUUCUUGCGAAAACAUACGAUUUAGAAGCGUGUUUGAGAUAAGUUAAACAGAACACUUUCCCUGGUCCCAGCUUCUCCCCGACCCCAAAGUAUCCUAUUCUAUAGAUAUCUAAAUACAUGUAGUUCUUAAAUUAUUUACUUUAGUUCGAGUGGAGAUGCCUGUAAGUGUAAUUUACUAAGACUUUUUGUAAAUAAAUUAUGAAAUAAACUAGACGUACUUUAUCCAAGACGAA